UUUAAUUUCCUAUAAUCAUAUAUGUAUUUUUAUGAAAAAUCAAAAAUCGAUUAGUUCCGUUUCCGCUAGCUCCUUGGGAAGCGUGGAAGCCGUAACGCUGUCAUUCGAUCUCAGAAGGCGUUGCCGUUUUGAGAACCACCACAUCCAGAUUCACCGUUCUAGCAAGCCGUUGCCGUUUUCAGAGUAAGGCAGAGUCGUGGUUGUUCCAUUUGCAAGCACUCAAAGCCUUGCUCCGUUGUCCGAUCUCGCAAUCCUCCCUCAUCCGCGGUUGUCUGAUAUCACGAGCCAUCCCCACUCGUCGUUGUUUAAUCUCACGGUCCUGAGCCGCCUCGAGUUAUCGUUGAUUGAUAGAAUAGAGGGAGGGAGAGGUAUAAUUGGUCAGGAUCACUAGAGUGGAUUUCCAGAUGGAUUCAUCGCAAAAUGCAACAGGAACUGGUGGAAGUGGAGGAAAUGGGAUUGUGAUACCUCAGGCUAAUGAUACGGCCACAGGAACAAAUGCUGUGGAUGAUCCAAAGCAGAACCUGAACCAGGUCAUUAACUCUAUCCAGAAAACUCUGGGUCUUCUUCACCAGCUCUACCUCACUGUUUCUUCCUUCAAUGCUGCCUCUCAGCUUCCCCUCCUCCAACGCCUCAAUUCUCUGGUUAUGGAGCUUGAUAACAUGGUUAAGUUGUCUGAGAAAUGCAACAUCCAGGUUCCCAUGGAAGUUCUUAAUCUGAUUGAUGAUGGAAAGAAUCCUGAUGAAUUUACAAAGGAUGUGAUAAACAGCUGUAUUGCAAAAAACCAGAUUACCAAAGGCAAAACUGAUGCCUUCAAGAGUUUACGCAAUCAUCUUCUAGAGGAACUGGAACAGACAUUUCCCGAUGAAGUGGAAUCUUAUAGGGAAAUGCGUGCUGCUUCUGCAGCUGAGCUGAAACGGCUUGCACAAGCACAAAGCACAAUGGCAAAUGGAGAUAUAAAGGUCAAAAGUGAGCUUUAGGAGUCUGUUUCAGAUGGUGUAUGUUAAAAGAAUAUUGCGUCCCAUCUUCAUCAUCUUAGGGGAUUUAGAUACAAGGCCAAAUGGAUACAUUGAUGUAGCUUAGAAUUUUAUGUUGCUUCACCCUACAGUACCUGAUGAGCAAAAUAUGAGAUUAUAAUGACUUUGAUCAUCUUGUCGUGAUAUUGAUGAUCAAAAUUCUUUCGAAUAUGUAACUAAACAGACCUUGUCUCCACCCUUUUUUAAUUAUCAUGGCACGUGUUAUGUAUUUAUUACAUUACUCCUAGCUGUUUUGGCAAUUGUUAUUACUUUACGUGUCAUGUAUGUAGCUGUUACUUUUCUUUCA